GUUGGACUUGAACCACUGCCACCCCUCUCCAUUCUACUCUUUCCCUAUUGUCAAGAGCUAUGUCUGUGCCACCUGCCGCACUCCGACGUCUCAUGCGCGAGCUGUUGGAGCUCAAGAAGAGUCCACCAGAAGGAAUUCGCGUUCAAAUCAGUGAUGACGAUAUGCUAGACGUUGUAGGUCUCAUCGAGGGCCCAGAGGGCACACCUUACGCUGGAGGGUACUUUAAGGUGAAGUUCAAUUUUACAGAAGAGUUCCCGGCGGCGCCACCCAAAUGCUGGUUCGCCACCAAGAUCUUUCAUCCCAACGUAUCCGCGGCGGGAGAAAUUUGUGUAAACACACUCAAGAAAGAUUGGAAACCAACCUACGGCAUUGGCCAUAUAUUGGUGACCGUCAAGUGCCUGCUUAUCUACCCCAAUCCUGAAUCAGCGCUUGACGAGGAGGCCGGCAAGCUUCUGCUGGAGAAUUACCAAAGUUAUUGUGACCGAGCCAAACUCAUCACCAGCGUUCAUGCAACACCACGCGUCCGACCAGCGGAGUUCGACCCCCCAUCGGUUUCAGAAGCAGCGACAACCGAAUCCUUAUCCCCUUCAUCUCCAGCCCUAGACUCAUCAACACCAGCGAAACCUCUAUCAAUCUCAUCCGCAGUGUCAUCUGUACCUACCCUGCCCAUUGUAACGCGUAAGUCAGCCUCUCCGGCUCCGACGACUCACCCCAGGCCGUUGACAGCGUCGCCAUCCAACGUCGCUGUUGGUAAACUGGGAACGCCGGCCGUCGGCAAAGAACGGCAUACCUCUCCUUUGCCUUUAGGCACUGCCGACGCGAAUGUCGCCAAAGUUGGGGUCGGUAUACCGGGGAGUACACCUGUAACGGGAACCAAAGCGGUGAAGCGAGCCGCCACCGGGCCCGGUGUCACAGGUGCGGAAAAGAGAAAAAAGGCCCUGAAGAGGUUGUAGCCCUUUGGUGGUACCUACUGCUCCAUAUACUUAUUGAUUCCUGGGAUCUCCUCUUUGUAUGUCUAUCUUUUUCGUUGGAUACAUAUCUCUACACUCUUUUACACUUGAUUUGUCUUGUUAUUACCGAUGAUAUUUAUGCAUGCUGUACUCUACUUCACUGUGAGCUGACUAGGUCAGUACUUUGUCUUGGUCACC